GCGAGCCGCCGGGCCCCCGGCCGCGCCCUCUGCCGCCGGCCGAGCGAGCCGCGGAGCCCCGAGAGGCAGCACCAUGGCGGAGCAGACCUAUUCGUGGGCCUAUUCCCUGGUGGAUUCCAGUCAAGUGUCGACAUUUCUGAUAUCCAUUCUUCUGAUAGUCUAUGGUAGUUUCAGGUCUCUUAAUAUGGACUUUGAGAACCAAGAUAAGGAGAAAGACAGCAGCAGUAGUUCUGGCCCUUUCAAUGGCAGCAGCACCAAUAACAGCAUUCAGACCAUUGACUCCACCCAAGCUCUGUUCCUUCCGAUUGGAGCGUCCGUCUCUCUCCUAGUCAUGUUCUUCUUCUUUGACUCAGUUCAAGUCGUUUUCACAAUAUGUACAGCAGUUCUUGCAACAAUAGCUUUUGCUUUUCUUCUUCUCCCAAUGUGCCAGUAUUUAACAAGACCCUGCUCACCUCAGAAUAAGAUCUCCUUCGGUUGCUGUGGGCGUUUCACUGCUGCCGAGCUGCUAUCCUUCUCCCUGUCGGUCAUGCUUGUCCUCAUCUGGGUUCUCACUGGACACUGGCUUCUUAUGGACGCUCUGGCCAUGGGUCUCUGUGUCGCCAUGAUCGCCUUCGUCCGCCUGCCAAGCCUCAAGGUUUCCUGCCUGCUUCUCUCAGGGCUUCUCAUCUACGAUGUCUUCUGGGUGUUUUUCUCGGCCUACAUCUUCAACAGCAAUGUCAUGGUGAAAGUGGCCACACAGCCAGCUGACAAUCCCCUCGACGUCCUGUCCCGCAAGCUCCACCUGGGACCCAAUGUGGGGCGUGAUGUUCCUCGCUUGUCUUUGCCUGGAAAGUUGGUCUUCCCAAGCUCCACGGGCAGUCACUUCUCUAUGUUGGGCAUCGGGGACAUUGUGAUGCCCGGCCUCCUGUUAUGCUUUGUUCUUCGCUACGACAACUACAAGAAACAAGCCAGUGGCGACUCCUGUGGGGCCCCUGGCCCGGCAAACAUCUCUGGGCGCAUGCAGAGGGUCUCCUACUUCCACUGUACCCUCAUCGGGUACUUUGUAGGUCUGCUCACCGCAACUGUGGCGUCUCGCAUCCACCGGGCCGCCCAGCCAGCCCUCCUCUACUUGGUGCCAUUCACCUUAUUGCCGCUCCUCACCAUGGCCUACUUAAAGGGUGACUUACGAAGGAUGUGGUCUGAGCCAUUCCACUCCAAGUCCAGCAGCUCCCGCUUCCUGGAAGUAUGAUGGGCGGUGUAAGAAGGGACCCGAGCGCCGGCUCCGCCCUGUUCUCUCACCGCGUGGUUUUGUUCUCUCUACAAGCUGGCCUGGACUCAAGAGGCACGCCUGCUCACAGAACUGCGGUGUGGCUGCAGUCUGCGUCUGAGGGGAGCAUUCCCAGAGGGUGCUGGAGCCCUGCCGAGGGAGCCUUCUCUUCUGUGCUCUGGGAGAGUGGACCCUUGAGAAGGGGCAGGCCCUCCGGUGCUCCUUCUCCUGUCUUCAUGGAUCUGCACCAGACUGUUAACUUGUGGGGAGAAGUUGACUUAUUUAAAAACUACAAAAAGCAAGGAGUUGUUCUAGAACUUUGAACACUAAACGGUCGAAAAAUCAGUGAACCCCAAAACUUUGGGGCCAGUUUCCUCGGGGGCUCCACUUCAGAGACCUAGGGCCGAACGUCUCGUCUGCCCUAUUCUUUUCUUUUUCUUUUUUUCUUUUGGAUUUAUUAAAUAUUUUCUGUGGUGUGAAGUGACUUAUUAAAUCCACAGACAUUGAAUGACUUCUUACAACGUACACAUAAGAAUUUGUUGUAAUGACUGUGUCCAACCGUGUUGGCAGUGAGCAGGACACGGUUUUAUACAUACGUACAUAUAUAUAUAUACGUGCACAUAGAUACCUAUGAGUAAACAGCCACUAAACCUGCUAAGAUCAUGCCGUGUAGCAGACGGGCUUGCUGUCAUUUGAGCAUGUAGAACAGUUUACCGUGGCUUCCUCGCAUAAGCUGCCGUCUCCUGUGUGAGUCACGUGCAGUUGUAAGCUGUGGGCGCGUUGAACUGAUACUCGUGGGCUGUGGGGGCUCCUUCUUUUGAUCAGUGUAGCAAAAUUAGGGAUGAAAAGUUUGAACUUUUUGACCCUUUUCUUUUUACAGGCUUCUUCCUCGCAGUUUUUAGUAACCGCCUCUUGAACCAGUGCAUGUAUUAUAGCAGUCUUUGUGCUUUCUGAUCAUAGUAACAGACUACCUGUAAAUACAUUUUUCUAUUUUAUAUUUUUUUGUAUUUUUUUUGACAUUUUGUUUCAUUGGUGCGCUGUAUUUUCCAUGCCCUCAGACCCUUAGGAAAAAAAAAAAAAAAAAAAAACAGAAAAGCAGCGCAAUGCUGUCCUUGCUGUUGUGAUUACAGUCUCAGCUUACCUGUGGUGACAGCUGGGCUUUGGGGACAGAUGUCAGUUGCCUCUGCAAAUGGAGCUGAAGUCCAGGAGCUGGAGACAGAGCAGGCUGCUACUGUGGCUUCAGAACCUGGCCCCGCGCUGUCCGUGGGCCGUGCAGAGUCUGGUGUGACCUCAUCUUCCUCUCAGACUGGUAAGCUGCUGCUGCCUGUGCGGUGAGACGGCAGAGUGCACAGCCUGAGCCCAGCGUGUCAACGGAGCAGCGUGCCGCCAUGCUGUUGGUUCCUCUGUCCUCCUCAAACUCUGCCGAAGGGUUUGAAGGGUUGGUUUUGUCUCUAAUAAAUGAUUCCUUUUUCUA